GUCGCCAGGGAUGGGCAAACGCCUUCAGACAGGUGUCGCUAGUGGCUCGAGUGCCUUCCCUGGGCAUUGCCCAGCAUUCCGGACACCUGCCCUCCCCGCAGAGGCCGCGGCGGGCCGCAGGUUUGCGCGCUCCCGGCAGGGGUUUCUUAGCCCUCGAGCAGCUCGUGGUACUUGUCCCCCCGGGCCGCUCUUCCUGCGCUCCUGGGCGUGCAGCAGUGUCAGCAUAUAGAGGUAGAGACAAAGGGUGAAGAAGAGAAUGAGUGAAAUAUCGUUUUGUUGAUGGAAAACAAGAUUAUCUUCUUAUACAAAAAGAUGAAACCAACUGAGUUACUUUCAAAAGACAACCAAGUGAGUGCCACCGACUAAUGAGUAGAAUCAAUAAGAACGUGAUUUUGGCACUUCUAACUUUGACAAGUUCUGCAUUUCUGCUGUUCCAGUUGUACUACUAUAAGCACUAUUUAUCAGCAAAGAAUGGAGCUAGUUUAUCAAAAGCCAAAGGAAGCCGAAUUGGAUUUGAUAGCACACAGUGGCAUGCAGUUAAAAAGUUUAUUAUGCUGACAUCCAGCCAAAAUGUACCAGUGUUCCUUAUUGAUCCUUUGAUUCUGGAAUUGAUUAAUAAAGACUUUGAACAAAUCAAAAAUACUUCUCAUGGCUCCACUGCAGAAUGCAAGUUUCUCUGUGUUCCCAGAGACUUUACUGUAUUUGCAUUACAGUAUCACCUGUGGAAGAAUGAGGAAGGCUGGCUUCGGGUAGCUGAAAACAUGGGAUUUCAGUGCCUGAAGAUCGAGAGCAAAGAUCCCCGGCUAGAUGGGAUAGACUCACUUUCUGGAACUGAAAUCCCCCUGCACUAUAUCUGCAGAUUGGCUAGUCAUGCCAUCCAUGUGGUGGUCUUUCAUGAGAGGAGUGGCAACUACCUCUGGCAUGGUCACCUACGACUCAAAGGGCACAUGGACAGGAAGUUCGUUCCUUUUCGAAAGCUACAGUUUGGUCAUUAUCCUGGAGCCUUUGACAGGCCAGAGUUACAACAAAUUACUGUUGAUGGACUAGAAGUUCUCAUUCCAAAAGAUACGAUGCACUUUCUAGAAGAAAUACCACACUCUAGGUUUAUUGAGUGUAGGUAUAAAGAAGCUCGAGCAUUCUUUCAGCAGUACCUUGAUGAUAACACCGUGGAAGCUGUGGCUUUUCGGAAGAGUGCAAAGGAAUUGCUGCAACUGGCAGCCAAAACAUUAGAGAAAUUGGGAGUGCGGUUCUGGCUGAGCAGUGGAACCUGUCUAGGAUGGUAUCGGCAGUGCAACAUUAUUCCUUAUAGUAAAGAUGUCGACCUAGGAAUUUUUAUACAAGAUUAUAAAUCUGACAUUAUUUCAGCAUUUCAGGAUGCAGGACUUCCACUCAAACACAAAUUUGGGAAGGUAGAAGACAGCUUGGAACUAUCUUUCCAUGGAAAAGAUGAUGUGAAACUUGACAUUUUUUUCUUCUAUGAAGAGACUGACCAUAUGUGGAAUGGAGGCACUCAGGCCAAAACAGGAAAAAAAUUUAAGUAUGAAUCAGAUAAGUACUUAUUAAAGGGGAUAUAAAAAUAACUUCAGAAGGUAGAAAUAAGGAAGUAGAUGAAAAUAGAAAAAAAAAAGUCGUCAGGAUUUCACUGUUAGCUAAUCCUUCCUUAGCUUACCCACAUAGCCCAGGCAUGCUUUCCAAGUGAGGACUGCCUGUAGGGACAGUCUGUGAGCGUGAAGUGCUCCUACAUUUGUCAGUCCAAAGAGUCAUUAUGAGUAGAAGCCCUUCAGUCAUCGGAAAGGGAAAACCAAAACAAGGAAUGCAAAAUCCAAGCCCAGAGCCUGAGCCAAAAAACUGAUUGUCUGUUAGAGCUGUAGGAGCUUGAGAAUUUAAUGGAAUGGGUAAGGGUCUGUAAGGAGAUAGUCAGGGUAAGUGCAGGUUAGGUGAAGAAAUUGGGACUGAACCAGGCUGAGGUCAUGAAUGCUGGGCAAGCUCUCAAAUGCACUUUUAACAGACUGUGGACUGAUCCGAAGGGAUACUCAUUGUGCUUAACAGCUACCAUAUUUGGUCAAAGAUAAGGUGAUACAAAUUUUAACAUGCACCAUUACUUUAUGUAGACAAACACUGCCAGUUGUAAGACACAUGAUUCACAAAUGGAAAAAUUGGAGGGUGGGGGAAGUCUCAAAAUUGAUGGAAUACAGUAUGUUAGAUUGGCAUUGUUAACACUUUUUUUAAUGCUGCCAUAGUAAAAUUUUUUGAUGAGAAAAGACAAAAUAGCAUAAGAAUAACUAUGCUCUCUUUUACCAUACAAUUGACUUAUUCUCAGUUCUGAGAGAGAACGAAUGGGAAUGAGAACCCAAAGAGUGUGGGCUUUGGAGUCAGGAAGGCCUGGGAAAUCUCAGCUAUACCCUAAUUUAGCUUUCCUGAACAUUAAUCUCAUCUGUUAAAUUUGGUUAGUACUAAGGUGUGUCAGGCCCUAUUAUGAACAUUUUACAUUUGUUAAUGUCUAAUCCUCAUGACAACCUUAAGAGGUAGACAUUCUGUGAGACAAUGAGAAUUUAAGUAAUUUGUUCAAGAUCACACGGCAGGUAAGUGAAUAAGACAGACAGCAGCCUGUCUCAAGAGUUGAUGCUUUUAAACACUACUCCCCACUGCCUCCCUAAUACACCUGACAACAUGUGUUCCUUAGCAUAAUGGUUAGUACUUACUAAGUUAUUGGUAAAUGGCGGUUGCCACUGUUAUUAUUUAAUAUUACUAAUAUUAUGAUUACUGAUGUAAAGUCACUAUCAUUACUGUCAUUACUAUGGUUUUUAUCUGGCCAGUAGCAUAAAUUAACCUCAUCAACUAGCCAAGAUUGGGGGUUCUGUCAUGGAAUGAAUUUGAGAUGUUGAGCACAGUGUGGAAUGUUCUGUAACACAGAAGAGAAAUUUCCAAACUCAGACUGGUUUCUGCUGGGUUUGCUGACAUACCCACUGAGGUCACUGAAUCUUUUAUUUGAAAGAGGAGUCUUCAUGUAAGGUUUAAACUCGUGCUGGGGGUUUGAAAGUAAUCCAAACUUAACCCUUUUGUUAAAGUCAUAAACUAUCCCCAAAUUGACAUCGACUCUGGAGCAUAUUCUUGAAAAUUUUAUUUAUUGUAGGAAAUUAUUUUGCUUUGUGACAACAGGUGCAUUCAUGCUGGAUAAGCUCCAGUUAUAAGACAGAUUAAGUUAAUGUAUAAUUGACACUGUGGCUAGGUGAAUGGGGGUGUUUUUGACAUUCAUGCUACAGUUUGUUUAUUUGAAAUAUGAUCAAGGUGGCAAACAAUGUAUAAUAUAGAGACUUUAAAAAGCUGUAAGAUAGUAUGGCAUAGAAAUUAAAGGCAUGGAGGCAUUCUGCUUGCUUUUGAAUCCCAGCUCUACAUUUUACUAGCUGUAUUACUUUGAGCAAAUUAUUUAACCCUGUGCCUAAGUUUUCUCAAGUGUAAAAUGGGAAAAGUAAUAGAAAUUGAUACAUACAGUGGUUUUAAGGAUUAAGUGAGUUAAUAUACAAAAGGGUUUUGAAGAGAAUUAAGCAUGUCCUAAGUGCUAAGUAGUUAUUAGCUGCUGUUAUUAAUAUUACUAGUAAUAAUAGUGGUAAAGAAAACUAUUCCUCUUCUUAAUCUUAUGAGAAAUUUAUAGAUUAGAAACCUGUAUAAUUAUCUCAAUAUUAAACUGCCAGAUCUAAGAGAACUCAUAUGAGAAUGUCAUCUUUUUUUCUAAGAAAGAUAAUUUCUAGAGCUAGUAUUAUAAUCCUGUUAUUCUUAAAUCUCCUUCUAAGGCUUGAAUUUCUUAUCACUGAUAAGAUCUGAAACCCACAAACCUCAAAAGAACUGUUCAUUUCUAACCACUACAUUUCUGGAUAGAAAGAGCUUCUUUCAUUCUGCUUUAACUGCUCUUUAUGGUAGCAGUAUUUGGGAAGUGUGAAGUAUUCUGAUUAUUUAAGAAGAGAAAUGAGCAGUAAUAGAACUGUCUGGACAGAUGGUGUGAGUCCCAGAUUUUCUAUCAUGUUACCAUGGCCUUAAAAGGCAGAGAAAAGAACAGGGGAUGGCUGUGUAGAGUUUCUUUGGAAGAGUCCCCCAGCCAUAUGCCAAUUUCAUUCUUUUGAGUACUGUUUACUGUAAGGAACUGUAGUAUUUUCACCACUACUAUUCUUAGAGGGAAAAAAAAGUAAAAACCUUUAGAGCUAGUCUAGGAGUCUUUUUAUCUUUAUAAUAUUCAACUUUGUAUUCAUAUAUAGUUCUGAGAAAAUCUUAAUAAUAAUAUAGAAUGCUUGCCAUUUUUUUAAGAGGAUGAAAAGGAAUUCAGAAAGGUAGAAAAAGUUGCCCCUUUUAAAACUUUAUUCUGUAUGCCUUCAGAAUGAUGUCUUUGGUCCUAAGAUUUUAUAAUAAUUAUUAACAGCAAUAAUAAAGAUAGACCUACCUGGGUAUCUGCUAGACAUCAGGUACUAUGACAGGUACUUGAUGUUUAUAAUCUCAGAUAAUCCUCCCAUUAUUCUGGCGGGUUAGAUACUCCCAGAUAGAGAGGAGGAAACUAAAGCUCAGAGAAGUGAAGUUAACUUGCUCAAGGUCAUCUGGCCAUAAAUGGCAGGACCAAGAUUUAACUUCAGACAUGUUCAACUCUUAAGCCUAAAUGCUUUCUUCUAACAUUUAAUAGGCUGAAUGAGUUAAUACAUGUAAUGCCUUUAGAACAAUACCUAGCACACAUUAAGUACUGUAUAAGCAUUAGCUACUACUUCUAUCAUUACUGUAGUGGUAAAUAUGUUGCUCUGGCACAAAGCAUAGCACCUUCAGUACAGUGUAACUUGGAUUGCAAGCGUUUUCUUCCCACGUUCCAUAUUCAUUCCAUCCUUAGUCUCAGUCUGAAUCCAUUGUUUUACCUAAAUCUAAAUUCCAUUCUUAAAUAUUGUCUGGAUUUUUUAUAUUUUUCCUCUCCAGAGUCCCAAUCACCAGUAAUAAAAAGUGGUGAAUAUAACAAAUACACCUCCAUGAAGCAAAGUUUUUAUUUCACAAUUUCACAGUUCCUGCAGAUGUUCUCCAGACUUCUUUGGGUUAUUUCUUCCCUUCCCAUCUUAAUCAGUGGAUAUAAAUAGAGGUCAGAAGUUUGAGAGGUAGUAAUAAUAAAAAUUAACUUCUAUUGAAUAUUUACUAUGUGCUAGGCACUAUCCAACCUUUCACAUGCAUCAUCUCAUUUAACCUUCACAAAUUUAUAAGAGAGAUUUUAUUACUGUCACCUUAAUUUUAUGAAUGAGGAAAUUAAGGCAGAUUCAGAUCUAAGACUGUAUCAUUUCAGAGUCCAUAUUCUUAUCCAUAUGCAAUGUUAGUGUCACCAUAAUGUCUAAUUGUUAAUACUUCCUCCAUGAAAAUAGCCCUUCUAUUUAUUGAGACUGUCAAGGUAAUACAGCUAUUUCUGAAUCCUCUAAUAGGAAAUCUACUACCCUCUGGGCUAGUGGUAGGUUCCUUAUAACUUCUGAGAUUUGCAGUUUCUGCUUAUUCAUACAUAGAUUUGGAUUUGUCCUCUGUGGGACUAAACUGUCAUCAAAGUGUGGUUCCUAUAUAAUUUAACAUUUCAUUUUUGUAAAAUGUAUUUGCUAACACUCUGUUCUAAGGAUUCUGAUGUGAGCAGAAGCUAGUUUCUACUCUUAAGGAUUCAUAAUCUAGACCAUGAAACAAAUAUUCUAUCAAUAGUAUAGUAAUUGAAGUAUGUGUUAUGUAUUGUAUGAUAAGCUUAAAACAUGUAGAAAUAGUCAUAACAGUAGUCAGCAUUUUUAUAGCUCGCUAUAUAUGUGUUAGACACUAUUUAAGUACUUUACAUUUGUUUAUUCAUUCUUUGCUAAUAUCUCUGUGUUACUAUUAGUACCCUCAUUUUAUAAAUGAGCACAUUAAGGCACAAAGAGAUUGACCAAGGUUAUACAACUAAUAAUUGGCAGAGCCAGGAUUUGAGUUCAGACAGUCUGGCUCUAGACUUUAAAAUAUGUUCAAAUAUGUAAUUACUUAGAGUAAAUGUUAACAGACUAAGCUAAGCUAUAAAAAGACAAAGAUUAUCAAAUGGGAUAGCAAAACAAAGUUUAGCUAUAUAAUGCUUGGCAGGAGGCACACCUAAGGCAAAAUCACACAAAAAGUUUAAAAAUUAUAGUUAUGGAAAAAGAUAUACCCCAAUAUUAUUAACCAAAGAAAACUAGUGCUAUAACUUCAGUGUCAGACAAAAUAGAAUUUUAGGGGGACAAUAUUAAAGAAUUAAAAGGUACAUGACAUGAUUUUACAAAUUUACAGACCACCAGGAAAAAAUAAUGUUCAUGAGCUUGUAUGACUUUAACAGUAUGGCAUUUCAAUAUAUAUAUAUCAAAAUAUUUUGGUGAAAUUUUAAUGAAUAUUUGACUUAUCACAGUUAUGAGAGAUUUUGAUAUACUUUUAAAAUUGCAAAUUAAUUAAGAAGAAAUUAGUUAAACUAUUGAAGAUCUGAACAAAAUUGACAGGCUUGGUGUAUCUGAUAUAUAUACAUAUAUAUUAAAGUCCUCACCUAACAAAUGCUGAAUAUACUCUCUUAUCUGCAAUAUGUGGACCAUUUAUAAAACUUGAUCAUGUACUACAUCAUAAAGGCAAUCUUCAUAAAUUUCAAAACACUAAUAAAAAUCUUCCUCUGUGUGUAAUUUUCCAUAUUGACAGAUUAAAGGGGAAAACCUACAUGAUAAUUUCAAUAGAUGGCAUUGUAUGACUACAGUGGAAUUAAAUUAGAAAUAAACACGACUAAAAGACAUCUUUAAAAAAUGUGGAGACUUUAAAAUGUUCUUUUUAAUAACUAACAACUUAAAAAGGAAAUUAUAGAAUUAUAAAUUUUUUAGGACUGAAAGAUAAUGUACUACAUAUCAAAACUUGCAGGAUGUGGUUAAAAGGAUCAAGGUAAAUUUGUAGCCCUAAAAACAUUAGGCAUGAAAAAAUAUAUUUUAAAAAAACAAAGUAAGAUAUCAGUUGAAGAAAGUAAAAAAGACAAUACAGUCAGCCUCAGGACAGUUAAAGAAGCAAGCCAAGAGAGGAAAUUUAUAAAACAAUAAUAAAUAAGAAAUAAAAAACAGUAUCAACAAAUCCAAAUGCUGCAUCUUAAAAAAGUAAAUUAGAAACUAGGAAACAGAUAUCUAGCAACGUUGACCAAGAAGAAAAGACCCAAGAUGUCUGGCUUUAGAGUUUAUACUCAGUUUAACUAUGUUACACUGCCCCUCAAAAAAGAAAAUUGCUAAGUGACUUUAAGUUAAUAAAUAUGAUAAUUAGCUAAAAUGUGAAAAUGAUAAAAAACUUCCUGGAAAAAGUAUGUGUCAAAUUCAACUCAAGGAAAUCUAGAUAACCUUUUCUCACUAAAUAAAUUGAGUUAGUAAUCAGAAAUACUCCUUUCCCCCUCUUUUCCCUGCCCAAAGACCUGGGAAGUUUACAGGGAGGUUUUAUCAUUCCUUCACAGAAGGGAUUAUUCCCAAUAUUAUAUCACCCAUGUCAGAAAAUAGAAGAGAAAAAUGCUGUAAGCAGCUCAUUUUAUGAGCCUUAUAACAAAGCUGAUGUGGACAAUACUAAAAAAAAAAUUAUGUCUUUGAACACUAAAUCCUAAAUGAAACACAACGUAUAUCUUUGAACACAGAAUCCUAAUGAAGUACAAAUGACUAGAAUUAUCUAGUGUGUGCGCAUUAGUGUAAACCUCAUAUUAAAAGAUUGAAGGGAGAAAAAACCUAUAUAAUUGUUUCAAUAGAUGACAUUAAAAACUUCUUUUGGAUAAGUUUAAUAAUUAACCAAGAGAAAAAGCAAAAGGCCCUUUAAGAAACUUGGAACAAAAGGGAUCUGGAAUUUCUUUAACCUGGUAAGAGGAAUACACCAAAAACCUAGGGUGAGCAAUCUUACUUAAUGUUAAAACUUUAGAAGCCUUUCUAUUAAAAUCAGAAAACAUCACACGUACUGUCCCUGCUUCUAUUAAGCAGUGUGCUAGAGGGCUUGGGCACUGGAAUAAGAGAAAAAAAUUAAGAGUCAAAGAAAAGAAAAAAUUGAUAAUGAGAAUAAACCUUUUAUGUUGUUUUGCAGGAAAUUAUUAUUUAAGAACAUUAUUAAUGUAGGGUCUUCUCUUCCAACUGCAGAGUUUAAUGCAAAGUUAUGUUUAAAAAAGUCAAAUUCAGUUGUAAUUGGUGGUGUCUAUAUCUCAGCCUAGCUAACAAGUAAUAAAUACAAAGUUUUUCAUUUAGCAACUAUGUUUUAGGUUAUAGAGUUAAACUGAUGAAAUAGGCUUACCAACUACAUUUUCAAGUGUAAGAAUGUCUGCGAGGGAAAAACUGGUCUACUCCUUUUAAUUCUAACUACUGUUUUACACAAAAAUAAAAUGAGGUAAAAAUGGCAUGAAAUAGAAAAUGAGUGGAAGGAUGUGUGUGUGUGUGUGUGUGUACUAAGAUCCCUUGAGCUUAUAUUCUGAUUUAAGGUUGCCUUAUUCUGAUUUAAGGUUGCCUUAGUCUGAAUUUAAGUCUGUUCACAUUUUGGAUCAUAUCUCAGCUUUAAAAUACAAACUGCUCAGCUGAACUUAAUCUUAGCUUUAAAGGCUAAGGUAACAUUGCAGACCCAUGAUGUAUUAUAUAGUCUUAGUCAUUAUUUACUGGUAACCUGGGCAGAGUUCAUGGCAUGCGCUAUUCUUUGUCACUCAUCCCCUCCUUCCUCUCCAUGAUCCCAUUUUACAAUCAGUUUUUACAUUUUUUGGUUUGUUUAUCUUUCACCUUCUCCUAGGAAGCAGGAAUUUUCUUUUUGCCAAAUGAAUUGAAAAUUAUUUGGUGAAAAGAAAACAACAAAGAGUUUAGGGAUGUUUCUAUUUAAGCACAGAAAUUAACAUUUGAGUUAAAUUGUCUUUGAGGUACUUUAACAUUGUUUAUGUAUUUAAAAUGUUUAAUUUUUGUUCAUAAAUCUUUCAUUGUUCAAAAUACUGCUUUUGUAAAAUUUUUAGUAUUCUCAUCCAUCCUGGACUUACGUUUUUUCUUUCUUUUACCACUUUGAUGAUACUGUAGAGGCUAAUAUUUAAAAGAGAAGUUUCUUGGCCUGUGUUACUAGAUAGAUCAUGAUUUCUGUCUCAUUUGAACGUAAUUGUGUCAGUUUGAUAGGAAGGGACAGGUGGGCAUUCUGCCGACCAGAGCUGAUUGGGGAGGGUGGAGGCUGGUGAUGGAUGGAUAUGUCUGCUGACAAAAUGUGAAUAUGACUGUGCAGAGUAAAACUGGGACCAGCAGAUGGGGAAGCUGUGCUGUAUCUUAUUUCUUCUUCCUCAGCUAUGUGAUUUGCAGUGGGCAUCUUUUCAAAGAAACCAGCUGGGAUUGUCUGUGACUGCCAGCACCCACUGAUUAGAGUAAAAGAGACUCUUUGCUUUCUUUAGAAUUUGUUCAGCCUCUCAUUUUCCUGUAUGGCUUUAUGUUCAUCUGGUGGCAAAUUGUGACACUCAAAAAGCAGAAAGAGAACUGACCUUUCCUUGAAGAACAUUCACACAUAGAUCCCUUUCCACAAUAUGAUUACACUUUGACAUCUGGUUUUUCCCUUUUUCUUUAUUUUCAAUUUCUAUGAUCUCUGCUAUUGCUGCUUCAAAUCUCAUUGUUGAAAGUUCUUGCCAUGUUGUGAAAGGAAGAAAAUUUUCAGAAAACACCAAUGCAGAAUAUAGGGCUAUAAUACAAACUUAAGUCUUAUAGACCUGCUAGUUUUAGCUCUCUUUAGUAAUACAUUGAAUUUAACUUACUGAUCCAAAGUACCUUUAAGAUACAUGUUUUGGUUUAAUUUCUGAAACUUACCUACUAAUUGAAAUAGUUCUGCUAUAGAUAGAAUAAAAUUCAUUAUAACUAAUAUUCCUUAGGCUGGCUUAGAAAUGUUUGUUAGCAUUUGAGAUGAAAGAAAGAGAGGCAGAAACUACAGUGGGUUCAUGUGAGGGAUGGAAGCCUGGGAAUGCAUCUUGGAGUCCUGCUUGCUCUACAUCCUCGGGAAGUCCAUGUUGUGAAAGAAAAGAUGAUUCACCUUACAUGUGUGUUUAUUUUAGUAUUUCUUCUUUUAGUAGCAGUUUGAAUUGAUGGGGAUUUAAUGAUCUGUAAACUAUAAAAAAUAAUAAGAAAAGAGUAAGUUUGGAACUGAGAACAGAGAUGAAAAAAGAGCAGGUGGUAAAAUAAAAGAGCAGGAAGGUGGUCUGUAUAGCUGUCCUUUAAGAGAAAUACUGUUGAAUUACAGUACAUUCAAGCAUUAGAUCUGUAUUCCUGCAUUUGAGGAAUGGGUGGGAAUGUGAAGCUUUACUCAAAAAGCCAACUUAGUGGGUUCCACCAUAUUCAUGUACUGUGGUGUGACCUACUCACUUACAGUUUGAUUCAGGAAAGGAAUUGAGAAACGCCUGGCUGACCCUGGGUAGGUCAUCCAUCCAAAGCCACCUGGGACCAUAGUGAACCCAGGACAAAGAAAUUAAUACAACCUGUCACAAAGGCAUCUGUGCUGCUGAUGUUGAAAAAUAUCCUGUAUUUCCAGGAUCAAUGCAGGUUCUCUGGCCAACAAAGAGAGUUUUGUUUCCUUUGUCAAUGUUACCUGUUCCUCCCUCCAUGUAUUCAGAAUUGCAAGUGUUUGAAAUGUAGUCAAAAAGAGUAUUUAU